UUGGACUACGUAGUGUGCGAUGCACUAUGUUUGACGUACCCUAUGUAGUGCACUUGUAUAGGGGAUGUGUAGCAAUUUGGGACGCACCUUGGGACUAAGCUUGACACCUCGCUGUCAAUGUAUUUGCUAGCUUUCGUUGCCUUCCUUUAGCUUAGCCUGGUUAAAACCUUCUCUGUAAACACAGAGCUGUUCAGUGUUUGGUAAAUAUUUGGUAAAUAUUCCAAACUAGCCAUGUUUCCAGAUAUUUGUAUUUUUUCGCGUUGUUUGUAAGUAAAGGGGGUUCGGCUGUCACGGAUAAGAAGAAGCGCGUCGAGUGUUAAACCUGAACAUAUCAUAUGUGUCACCUGGAGGGCUGCGAUAAUGGCAGAUGACAAAGAUGUACUUCGAGAUGUGUGGUUUGGCCGGAUACCGGCGUGCUUCACGCUUUAUCCAGAUGAAGUCACAGAGAGAGAAGCCGAACCAUUUUAUCUUCUCCUUCCGAGGGUCAGUUAUCUGACGCUAGUGACCGACAAGGUCAAGAAGCACUUUCUGAAAGUCGUAAAAGCCGAAGAUGUAGAGGAAAUGUGGUUUGAAUAUGAAGGCACACCUCUGAAAUGGCACUAUCCAAUCGGAGUAUUAUUCGAUCUUCAUGCUUCAAAUACGGCUCUCCCCUGGAAUAUCACUGUGCACUUUAAGCAUUUUCCUGAUCGGGACUUGCUCCGCUGCUCCUCGAGCGCUGUGAUAGAAGCCCAUUUUAUGUCCACCAUUAAAGAAGCAGACGCAUUUAAGCACAAGGGCCAGGUCAUCAAUGACAUGCAGAAAAAAGAUCACAAGCAGCUGUGGAUGGGCCUGCAGAACGAUAAAUUUGACCAGUUCUGGGCCAUGAACCGCAAACUGAUGGAAUAUCCAACCGAAGAGGGCGGCUUUCGCUAUAUUCCUUUCAGAAUAUACCAGACGCUGAGCGACAGGCCGUUCAUCCAGAAGCUGUUCCGGCCUGUUUCUUCCGAAGGCCACGCUCUCACCCUGGGAGAUCUGCUCAAAGAGAUGUUCCCUGCUGCCAUGUGCCAGGAUGAUGAUCCAAAGAAAUACCAAGUGGUGAUUCACGGCAUUGAACCGCUGUUCGAGACGCCCAUCCAGUGGCUCAGUGAGCACCUGAGCCAUCCAGACAACUUCCUCCACAUCUGCAUCGUCCCGGCGCCGAGCGACUGAACCCUGAACUGCCCAGGUGGCCCAAGAAUGACUCUGCUGCUCCCAUCAUUGAAGAGGGACCCUUCCAGAAGAGUGUAUUCACUUUCUCACACUUCCUGCAUUAACAUUUGCCUACCUGGCCCGCCACCCCCACUGCUAUGAGAUUGGUGGAAUGGAAAUAUUGUUCCUUUCUUAUGCAUGCCAUAGGGAUGUAUAUUACACGUUUACUGUCUCAAUAUCCAAGUAUUACCUUGGUAUUUUUAUGUAACAAAUUAGCCUACUAGUGACUACAGUGUGCUCAGAAAUGUUGCCAUUAUCUCUUUUUUCAGAUGAGAUUCAAAUAUUUUCUCCACACUAAGUUUACUAUGCUAACUAACCUUUUUACAUCCCUGGUAUGCAUCUCUCUCCCUCCCUCUUUCUUUCUCUCUCUCUCUCUCUCUCUCUCUUUCUGAUGAGCUCUCUUUACAUGUUGCCUUAGAACUCACUCAUCUUCACACUGGCAUGAUGAGGCACACUCCUGAUUUUGUCCUGGUUUUGCUGAGUGACAGGUAUCCCUGGGUCAGAAAGGCCAGAGCUUAAGUUUUGAUCAGCCAGUCGCCACUAGCCUUUGUUUUCAUUUUGUCAGCUCAUUACGGUGCUCUCAAUAAAAUAAUGAUGUCCACAAUAAACCGUUAAACACUGCACUUAAUGUUAAGGUCUAACAUUAAGUAGCUAUGCUUGCUUUUAUAAUGUGUAAUCAAAACUAGUAACAAGGUUUACUAGAAUGCAAGCUAGCAUUAGGAAACAAACAAUAAAUUUAUUAGCUAGCCAAGUGAAAGCUCCAAUGUCCUUGCCCAGUCCCAUGUAUUUAUUUCCUAGAAACCGAACAGUUAGCUAGUUAUGUGCAACAAUACACGCAAAGUGAGACGAAUGACAAAAAAGAGAAGAGAAGAGGAGAUGGCGCUUAUUUCGAACUUGACAAAAAGUCACUAUGUUGUUGGUGAUAUUUUGGAUAUGAGAUUGUGUUCAAUACUCGCGUCGCAGGUAAAAAUAUUAAUUGUGUCAGGCUAGCGUGUUUAUUUUUAGUUUGAUGUCUUUACUCGUGAGAUGACUGCGUUGUUAGCAAGAAAAUUAUAUGACAACUUUGUUCUGAAAUUUCAACAGUGUUUCCACAUACCUGCAUGCUGCUGACUCAGAAAAGAUCGUCCGUCAUCUGCGUAAAGCAAUUAAUCCGAAGAAACGUGAAACAUGCACUAUAGUUACGGCAUUGAGGUGCAUGAAGUCAAUAAAGUCAACAUUUAAAUAUGCUUACAAAAUGAAAAGUUUUGUUUUGCAAAGUCAACAGGGAGUAGGGUUUAUUUUCUUUUUCAAGUCGGUGAAUCUACAUGCCUGUCAACUAUUAAUAAAAACCUGUUUGUCCCAGGUACUCAGGUUACUCAUAUAUCCACCCAUGUAUUAUAGUGAUGCCAUACGAUCAAGUUUGUGAUUGGCUGUUCAAAUAUGCAUUAAGCUCUGCCCUCGUUUCCCCAGGGACGCCUGUGAUUCUGCAAAAUGAGGAUGCACAUCGGUGCACAUUUUGCAGUAUUUACAGCAGCUAACUAACACACUAUUUAUUCAUUUAGAUCUUCCCUUAGAACUUGGUUAAUUAUCAUGAACCACUAAACCCAGCAUCUCUGGGGUGGGAAGUUAUUACCAAUGUUUUAUAGGUGCAUGCAGGGGGUUGAAAGAGAUUUGAAAAUUGCAAAUGGAAUUAUGUCCAAGUUGUGGUCACAAACUGUCAUUGCUCAAUUCCUGUGUGUAGGCUCAGUCUGGGAGCAGAAAUGUCAUUCAGACAGGUGAUUUGCAUAAAAAAAUAACUAAUCCAAACUAUUAUAACAUCUUACAAAUAUAAAGACAUACGUUCUUGUGUCUUGGUUUUUUUUUGUUUGUUUUGGUUUGGGUUUUUUUUGUUUUGUUUUGUUUUUAUAAAUAAAAACGACAGCCUGUUCUUCGUCUGUUGUGGUUAACACUGGAUGUCUGUCAUAAGGGAACUGCCCCAUAAUCUCCUGAUUGGAAGCGCAGUACAUAUAGAGAUUUAUUACAUUUAACACAUUUUAGCUGAUACAGUACAAUAUCUAAACAGCUCUGAUUAUACAACCGCUAGACAGAACUGUUUAGGCUGGCAACAUUUGUUUGUGUUUAUUUCGUUCGGAGGGGACGUGACGGAGGAGGUUGGAGCAGGGAGCAGACGAUUAGCAGCUGAGAGUGAUUAUUUGCUUAUAGGAAUAAGUGAGUGUACACUCGCAGACAGAUGGGGAGAGCAAAUACUCAAACCACACCAGGUCACUUCUCAGCAAACUGACUGGAAGACCUGGGGCUUCGGAUCUUUGAAAUGUUUGUGUUGGGGGAUUUUUUUUUUUUUUUUUUUAUUGGACUCCAGAUGUGUGCAGUGAUUGUAAUUAAUCUGCUGAAAUGUCGAUACUGAAAUCUCCACAUUCUUUCAGAACAAAUGUGAUCAAACGAAUCUUUCUUUCUUUUUUCAUGCAGUGGCUUGCUUUUCUGUCUUUUGCUACUUAAAAAGUGCUUAAUAUAUAAUUAAAACAAUAUUUUGUAACUAA